GUCUGAAAUAUUUAACAAUCGCCGAGGCCAGUUCAAGGACCACGUGAUUAAGGCUCUGGUGGGAAGCAUUGUUCUCACACGCUACAACAACAAAACUUAUCGCAUCGAUGACAUCCUCUUCGACAAGAAUCCUAGGUCGACCUUCACCAACUCGAAGGAGGAGGAGGUGUGUUACAUGGACUAUUACAAGAAUGCAUAUAACAUCACUAUCAAGGCCACAGAAACCCUCUUCUGCUCCCAGGUGCGAAAGAAGGAAUUGAAAGACCAGGGCACGACCAAGUUUCUGUGCCUGAUCCCAGAGCUAUGCUACAUGACAGGCUUGACGGACGACAUGCGUUCUGAUUUCCGGGUCAUGAAGGACAUUGCGCAACACACUCGCAUCACGCCUAAUGUCAGGCAUGCCUCUCUCAGAACCUUUGUCAGGAAUGUCAAUGGAUCCUCAGAAGCUUGGCAGGUCUUGGCUGAUUGGGGCUUAGCUCUCGACGAUGACACUUUCACAAUGGAAGGGCGAAUUCUGACCCCUGAGACGAUCCACUUUGGUUCGAGGGAAGUGCCUGGGACGGAAAGUGCAGACUGGGGUAGGGAGUCGGCCAGAGAAAAAGUGAUCGUGCCUAUCGACCUACGGCCACAGUGCUGGCAGAUCUUCUUCUCGGCGAGGGAUGAGGCGCGCGUCCUCAAGUUCUCAGAGAUGAUCCGACAAGUCACACGCUCCAUGGGCAUUCAGGUGGGGCCUCCACAGAUGAUCCGCCUCCCGGAUGACAGGAUCGAGACUUAUGUCAACGGGAUCAAGCAGCAUUUCCAUGAUAGGCUACAGCUGGCAGUUAUCAUCUUCCCAGCCCAGCGUGAGGAUCGAUAUUCAGCUGUGAAGCGUCUGGCCUGUGUGGAUCUUGGCUUGCCGACACAGUGCAUUAACUCGCGCACCAUCAGCCAGGAGAACAAACUGCGCUCUGUCACACAGAAGAUUGCACUGCAGAUCAAUUGCAAGUUGGGUGGGGAGCUGUGGGCUCUCAAGAUCCCCAUGACAGGACUUAUGGUAUGUGGUGUGGAUGUGUACCACGACCCUGUCCGUCGUGGGGCCUCUGUGGUAGGCUUUGUGGCAUCAACCAACCAGACGCUGACCCGGUGGUUUUCGCAUGUCAACUUCCAGCAUCCCGGUGAUGAGAUCGUCCAUGGCCUCAAGAUCUCACUCCUACAGGCACUCAGGCAUUACCAUAAGCAACACCACUCCCUCCCCCGCACCAUCAUCAUCUACCGCGACGGCGUGAGCGAGGGCCAGAUGCGGGUGGUGGAGGAGCACGAGCUGCCCCAGCUGGCCACCAUCUUCCAGCACUUCGACUCGUACGAGCCCAAGUUCUCGUUCGUCAUCGUGCAGAAGAAGAUCAGCACCAGGAUCUUCGCCUCACUGAAUUCCGAGCUGGACAACCCUCCACCGGGAUCCAUCAUCGACCACGGCAUCACGCAUCGUUAUUGGUAUGACUUCUUCCUGGUGUCCCAGCAUGUGCGACAGAGCACCGUGGCGCCCACACACUAUGUCGUCCUCCGUGACGGCGGGAACCUCAAGGUGGACAAUAUGCAGAGGCUGGCAUACAAACUCACGCACCUCUAUUACAACUGGCCCGGAACUGUUCGGGUGCCGGCGCCGUGUCAGUAUGCACACAAGCUAGCUUACCUCAUAGGGCAGAAUGUGAGGAAGGAACCUUCGGAUACACUCUGUGACAAGCUCUUCUUCCUCUGAAGUGGUGUCUGUUCUCAGCCGAAAAAUAGAGAGCAAGAUGACACAAAAGAGUUGAGAUGGCAGAAAAGAAUUUCGAUAUGCAAAAAGGUUGAUUUAAAAUAGUGUUUUCUUCUGACAUUUUGUGCGACCAUUAUAGUGUGUUUGUCGGUCAGAGCAGAAGGUGCAGCGAGAUUUUUCCUAGACAAAAUCUCUCUUAUUUUAUCCCUUUUGUGGACGACGUACCGUCUGUUAAAGACAUUUUCCAGAAUCUUAAGUUUGAGUACUUUCACAUAUUGCUUGAGUAAUGGAGUAAUGUUAAUAGUAUAAUUCCACGGUGUAUAUUCUCCCCAUGUGUGUGUAAUGUGAAUGGUAUGCAAAGGUGCCAUUUUAAAUAUUUUGGAAUUAUGAUAUUAAAUGAUCCUUAGUGAACAAAAACUCGGAAUUGUUAAUCAUGAUACAGAACAUUCCGUGAUAUAUAUUGUGGUCGUGUAAUUAUGCAGAGGCUGGAGUUUUUAAAGUAUUUUUUGUUAAUUCAAUUUUGUUAGUCUAUAGAAUUAGACUUAGAUUUUAGUUAAAAGGGAAAAAAAAAUAAUAUUUUUUCGUUAAAUGAAGAAAGUGUUUAAUUUUAUGAGUAAACACCAGUUUCCAAGAAGAUUACAUUUAAGUCAUGAAAUAGAAUUAGGUGUAAAAUGCAGUUUCAUUAAUUUAAUGAAUAAUCAUGUAGAUUUUUUUUUUUCAUCGCAAUCAUUAUAGUGUUUGAUUUGAUGAACAAGAUAUAAUUGUUAUCUAGUCAGCCGGUAAUUUAAAUUUACUUUGAUUUUAUUUAUCUCGGUUUUGUGCCAUUGUGAUUUUUAAAAAUCUAAGUCCGCUGAGGUUAAGUAACAGGAGAUUUGUGUUUUGUGUAAGUGGACGUACGUGAUUGUACAUGUGGGUGUGCAUGUGUGCGUAUAUUUGUGUGAUAAGGUGUACACCUGUUCUGAUACUUGGAUAUCAAAUACAAGUGUGAAACAGAUUCCCGUACCUGGGUCAAGGUACAGAUGUUGAAGAAUCUAGCUCCGUAAAGAGUAAGACGAAAACAAAGAUGCACUUUAUUUUUGUAAUGUCAAACCUAUAUUUUUGUUUUUCUUUUUUUUUCAAUAAAAAAUGCGAUCA